AUGAAGAACGUCGGAUCUACUGUGACGAAAGAACCAAAGAAAGGACCUCCACUAGUCUUACCCCAGAUUUCAAAGUUCACAACAUGUACGGACGACUGGGCACCAUCCGGAUCCACGUCCACAGAUAAUCUACCCAUGCGAACAGAUAGCAAAGCCUCCAACGGCUCGACCACAACUCUAGCAACCAUCCACGAACUCUACUCAUCCUCCUCCUCAACCCGGAUAUCAACAUCCAGCACACCACGCCCAACUCGUCCUCCAACCUGCCGAACCAGAAGCUGCUCUGCUACAAUCCUCAUUCACGCCCCCAGCUCUCGAGCCCCUAUCUCCAUCAUCCUCACCACGCCCGAAGGCGAUGAUCCAUCCUUCCACAUCCCUCCACUCACACCUUACUCUUCCAUUCACGCCCACGCCUCUCUCCGCUCCUACCCUACCCCCUCGUUUCUUGAAAAUACUCGUUCCCGUUCCUCGGCCCCUCAUUCAAACUUCUCCGUCGCCUUUCUCCCAACUAUCCUUGACACGACCCGCUUGAUGCCUCCUACCGAACACGCCAUCGAUGCCCACCGCCUCCGUAGAACGCAAGAGGCGCGCGAGAUCCGCAGAUUCAUAAUCUCGUUCCUCAACACUAAAGGCGACACCUUCCCGCGCAAGCUGCGCGUGCGGAUCAUGGAUGGCUACGCCAUUCACGAGAAAGAAUUGAACCCCGACGUCGUCCAAAGGUUCCAGGAGUCGGAUCUGGCAGCCGUCCGGGACGAAGGGGUGGCGCUGGACGCGGACGGCAAACAGCAGGACGACAGGGAGAAUCUGAGGAUCUUGGAACUGGCGUUCAAAUCUCAGCUUCCGCAUAUCACUCCGGCCUUGGAGAGGAGCUGUACGGGUGGGGCGUCUGGACCGUGGAAGAAUAGUGGUAGGAGGGUGCGUGUCCCGGGGCGGAAGUUGGUGGACAGAGAGGAGCGCGCGGGAGCGCUGCUGGCAGGCACCUCGAUCUCAACUGCCGAUUUGACGCCCGCUCGGUUCCGUGACGUGCAGCAUCAGCUGCACACCAGUGUCUCGGUGCCGCCGGGAGUACAGCAGCGGCGCCGGCCGUCCAGCUUCCACGGCGAGACGAAGCUCAAGGAUGAGAGGGAGCGGACGACGAGGAAUCAGGUGGGUGCUGGGGGGAGUAGUAGUAGUAGUAGGAGGAGCUCCGAGUGGGAUUUGCUUCCUACUCGGAAGCAGCUCCCGAUCGCGGCAGCCCAGCAGACGAGCAUCAAGCGCCAGAGCAUCAUCCCCGGCGCUGUUGGUGCGAUUCGAAAAGCCAUUUCAUGCUCGUCAUUGAUGAGCGAGGAGGAUGUCGAGCGACGGGCGGAUGAUGCUGGAGGGUCGAUGAACUCUGGGUAG